UGGAUUGCUAGUCUCCCUAGUCAACCGUGCUACUCGUUGAGACCCCGCCUGGCCCUCUGCAGGUCCCCGUCCCAGGCAAGCCUCAGCCAACAGGUUAGUCCCGCCCCUCCUGGCUCGGGCUCUGCCCUCUCGGCCCCGCCCACAUCAGACCCUGGCCCCUCCUCUUUCUGGCUCCCCCGGAUGCUCGCGGCAAAGACUCGGUCCUUCUGGGGUCUUGUAACGGUUCUAACAGCUGGGUGCUGGGUGCGGGUGGAGCUGCGGUGACUCCUCGGCUCGGGAUCUGUUUCUGUUUGUUCCCCAGGACCCGCUGUCGCCCCUACGCUCAGGACCCUCUCCCACAGAGUCCUCCUCCUCUUCUCCUCUCUCCCAGCCCCCUGCUUUGCCCCUCCUUCACGUCUUCCCCUCCCCGCAUCCUGACCGUCAUUUGCUGUGUCUGCUCCUUGGCUUUCUGUCUUCACGACCUCCUUAGCCUGUGGGCGAAGACGUCAUGGGACUGGGGCUUUGCUGCCUCUGAGUGAUAACCUGUUUCCCCGCUUUUCAGGCGAUCGCCAGCCCGAGUGUAGAUUCCUUGCUGUGACCAAGGUUCAAAGUGGGCCCUGUCGGUUUGUCAGUUUGCCUAAGUGAUUGCACGAGUGAAUGCCAGUCUCUCUGUGUGUGGGUGGCUAUGAUUAGGGUAAGCCUUGGACUGGGACUCAAGUCUAAGUUUAUUCACUGCUUCAGCAGGUACUCUUCAAUGAAACCUCAUCAGCAGAUCGGGCUCUCUUCCCUUGCCUUGCCUCCUAAACCCCCUAGGUCAGGUGAGGCCAGGUAUCUGGCAUCCUGGAACUGGCAGUUGGAGCCUGAGCUGUGGGCAAGGUCACUUCGACAGCAGUUGAAUGCCCUGCUCCUCAUGGUCCCGGAGGAGAGGAGGGUAGGUUUGUCUUCUGAUGAGACAUCAUCUGAUCCCCUUAAGUCUUGGCACUACAUAUGUGUCUUGGACAGCAAAGAACAGCCCUUGGUCUCUCAGCAGAAACAGAGGCAGUUCCUGAAGCCAGCGACUGAGUCAGAGCAGCCCACAGUGCUGCAGCUCCUGCUAGCUGAGCUCCGAACUCUGUUCUCAGCUGUGUUGCAGGACAGUAGCCCUGCCGCUUGGUGCUAUCUGCAUGCAGUACUGGGUCUACUGCCUCCAUAUCGUGAGUUACUAGUUGGUCACCUUGAUUUGCUGCCCUUCCUGGAGCAGCUGUACUGCUGGGCACCCUGGGUCCAAACCCACCUCCAUCUAGACCUGCUAGGUGCCAUUGUCCAGGCCUUUCCUCCAGACAACUCUUUGUUAGACAGUCCUUCCCAUGCUGACUGCUAUCCCCAGAAGCGGAGGCUCCAUCACAGGCCCCCAUGCCCAGCUUGUCCUUUUGUGCAUGCCCAGUGGAGUGGGCAGCAAGUAAAAGAGGAGCUGGCCACCUGGCUGCAACCAUUGACGUUGCCUGAGCUACAGUGCUGCCUGGGCAUCAUUGGUGCUGAGGUGGCCCUAGAAGAGACUGUGUGGCUGGAUGGACUUAGUCUCCUUCCCUUGGCACUGGCAACGGACAUCCCUGUACAGUAUGAAAGCAGUGACAUUGACAAUGCAGAGGAGGAGCCUGUUGGAAGAAAAGAGACUAGGUCUCAGCUUGACUAUGACGUUCACAGGGAAGAGGCCUUCCAAAAGAGAAGCACUGGCUUCUCACCUGAGACUUCCUUCCAGAACACCCAGGUAAUGACUGUUGUGAACAUGGAGAGAUACCUGAAGAAGAUCCACUUCCUCUAUCUCAAUGUGGCUCCCAGCCGGUACUUUAGGCCUUAUAGCCUGAUGGUGGUGCCACCCAACAAGGUGAAUCCCGAGCACUACGUCUUCUCUCCAUUUGGGAUCUUGCACGUACAUCCUGUGGAAGGCAGUGAAACGAUGACACUGGGUACCUGGCACCAUCAGUGUGUUCUCUGGCAGCAGCUCCAGUUAAUCCCAUUCUUUAAGUAUUGCCUCUUACGCAAGUCCUUGACCUGCUGGAAGAAGAAUGUGAGAUUGCAGGGGCUGCAUCGACUCCGGAAUUUUCUAGAGAAUCAUCUGCUCUUGGCUGUGCCCCACUUUGGAGCUGGGCUACUCCAUAUUAGCAGGCUUCUGCAGGAGCUACGCUCUGCGUCCUGGCUACCCCAGGAACUAGAUCAGUGCUAUGAGCUGCUGGACCUGCAGAAAGUUCUAGCCAAGGAGAAGCACAAGGCUGUACGGCUGCUCCAUCGUUGCCUGAACCUCUGCACAUCCAUUCGUCGACAGGUUCACGAGGACACAUACCACAUGCAACAGGGCCUACAGGAGCGAGUGCAAAACUGCAGCAGGAUCAGGACAGGCCAAGGCUCCAUAUACCUUCAGAGGGUACAGCGCAAGCAACUGGAGCAGAAGCUGAAGCAAGCAGAGGCCUGGUGGCUGCAGCUGGGAAAAUUUGCCCGCCUAGUCGACUACAUGAUUUGUCAGAGCCUCAUUUCUAUCUUGGAAGAGGAAAUAACCUCUUUUGUGGCCAACAUGCUUCAAGCCCCAAGGCAGAAACCCUUUCUCUCAUCACAGCUGGUCUUUGAUGAUCAUGGCCAACUGUCUCAUGUGCCCUGUGUUGAAAAUAUGAUCCAGAUUCUAACUGGAGGCCUACAGUCUGUCAAGGCCUCUGCCUUGCAGGUAAUACAGUCUGCAGACCUGAAGACCUCCUUGGAUUCCCUGUAUUCUGAAGAAGAAGAUGAAGAGGAGAACUCAAAAACCGAAUUUCUGAUGCCCAAGUUUCAUGGCCAGCCCAGCAAUGCUGUGAGCAUCUUCUGUGGCCCAAAUGUAGGAUUGGUAUGGCCCUGGAAGUCUCACCCAAUUGCUGGUAUCUUGGAGGUCCGCGGGUAUCGGCUGCGGGGCCAGUACUUGCCCCACAGUUAUAAGCAGCUGGAAGAAGACUUGGACAACAACCCUCAGAUCCAGCAGGCACUGAACAUACAAUGGGUGCUGCUGGAGGGUAUGCUGCGGGAGGUGCAGGAAUUCUGCAGGGAACAUCAUUGGAUAACAGGCAUUUAUGAAUUCCUGCAAUCCUGGGGGCCUCAGAAACUGGAAGACAUGAGAGGCUGUCCCAUCAAGAACUAUGUGAUGCUGGUGAGCCGCCUGAAUGUUUGGCAGGCCCGUGUCUCCAACAUGCCUGUAGAGUUGCUCACAAAAGGCAAGUUGCUGCUGCUUAGCUGCCAUGAUGUACAGGCAGAGAUGGAAUCCAAGCUGAACAGCAUAAGGGAGGACAUUCUUGCACAGGUGCAAAAUGAAUGCUGGAGCCGCAGUCAACAGCUCAUGACAGAGCUCACAGAUUUCAUGCAUGUCUUCCAAACCAUCAACUCAGAUAUUCACGCCAUUGCACAGUGCACCCAGAAGUUCCUGCAGUUGAAUGAUGCCAAUGAAAAGUACAUCGAGCUGGAGGAGCGAAUGGAAUACAUACGGGCACUUCAUGAACUCAUCCGCAACCACUUUAGCCUCUUCAGUGCUGAGAAUGAAGCAUUGGACAUCUCGCUUCUGGAUAUGUGGGAUGCAUUUCAGUUUGAGAAAAGCCAGGCUUCAGAGUUCCUGCUGAACAAGCGACAUUCCAUCAUGCCCAAGCUGCAGCAGCUGAUGGCAGCAGCGUUGGCAGAGCUGGAAGGCCUGCUUGGGAGGGCCCUCUCUGGUCCCUUUAUGGACCCCACACAAGAUCAGAGGAGUACUGAACACCAGCUCAUCUCCCUAGAGCGUCAGUUCCAGAACACAGUCAGCGACCUCAGUGAAGUGCACCUCGCCUAUGCCAUCUUCACUGGGGAUGAGACUCCUGUGCCUUUGCCAAUCUGUGGGACACGUCCUAUUGUGCAGCAGCAGCGCAUCUGGCACCUGUACCGAGUCAUCUCUGAAAACAUCAGCGAGUGGAAGUGCAUGGCUUUUGGCAAGUUCAGCCUAGCUAUGGCCCAGGAGAAGACAGAGGGCUGGCUGACAGAGGCAGCGCGCAUGAGCUCAACCCUGGGGCUGCACAGCCCGGUGCUGCAGCACUGCAUGCGCAUGCUGGGGGAGUUUCGCAGCUGCCUGCCCCUGCUGGCCAAGCUGGGCAGCCUCCACCCACAGAGCCUCAACUGCCAAGGUCUCCUGCGAGCCCUCGGGCUGGGCAGUCACCAAACUAUAGAACUCCUAACGCUGGGCAAGCUGCUUACUUAUCCACUGCUGGAGUUUGCAGAUCGAAUCAACCAGGUCUGGCAAGGUGAAAAUGAACGAAUUCAUGCCCAAGAGACUAUACGGCGGUUGCAGCAGUACUGGGAAGGACGCCAGCUGCGCCUGCUCAACUUCAUCCUGCACGUACCCUACGAGCCCCCAGCCUCAGAGCACUCCAAGAGGCAGAUGCUCCGCAGCUCCCAGUGGAAGGUAGUGAGCAAAGACAGUGGCACCUUCAUCCUCGCAGAUUACAGCAACCUGAAGGAUUCCAUCCAAGAAAGUAUUCAGGUGUUGGUCAAGAUCCUGGCCAUCCAAAAGUCAGGAGACUUAAACAAAAUAGCUUUGGAGUGGGUGGCCAUCAUGCACGGUCUGGGUGCCCUGCUGGAGGUGUGGGUGACUUUCCAGCAGAAGUGGAUUUUUCUGAAUAAAGUUCUGCAUGAGAUGAAGAUUCAGUUUCCUAGUGCUGACCUGAGCUCUCGUUUCAAGGCCAUGGAUGAUCAGUAUCGAACCCUGAUGCACAUCUCUUUAGCUGACCCCAUGGUUCUGUCACUUGUAGUACCCAAUGCCAAGAGGAGCCCUUACUUCCAAGGCCAGCAGCUGCAACAACUGCUGCAAGCAGGAUCGGUGGAGCUGGAGGACAUCAUCAUGACUCUGGAGAGUGUGCUUUAUGGAGUGUGUGCUCACUUCCCCCGCCUCUUCUUCCUUAGUGACAGUGAGCUGGUAGCCCUGCUGGCUGCCCGACUGGAAUCCUGCGAAGCCCAGCGAUGGGUACGACGCUGCUUUCCUCAUGUGCGUGCUGUGAGCUUUAAGUCUCACCCAACUGGUGAGAAAAACAGGGAUGACUGGGAGUCAAGCCCAAACACACAGACUCAGGUGGAGGCACUUGCAGUGCUAGGGGUGGGUGGGGAGGAGGUGAAGCUGCAGAGUCCCCUUCCUCUGCAUCCAGACCUCCCUAAGUGGCUGGCCUCUCUGGAGAAGUGUCUGCGCUUGGCACUGGUGCACAUGCUGCAGGGCUGUGUAGCUGCUCACCUCGCUCAAGGCCCAUCUCUAGCUGAGGCCCUCAAGCAGCUGCCUAAGCAAAACCAGUUGUACCUUCAACCGUAUGUCCAGCACUGGAUCGAUUUAGUACAGGCCUUCCCAUGGCAGUGUGUGCUGGUGGCAGAGGAGGUGGUAUGGCGGGCCGAGAUGGAGGAAGCUCUGCUUGAGUGGGGUACCCUGGCCAUGGUCUCCAUGCAUAUGCGCAAGCUUGAGGUACUGGUGAAUUUUUUGCGGGCUCAGAGGGCUUCCCAAGGUAAGCAGCCCCUGCCUUCUGUCCGCCAGACCAGCCUGCUCAGUGCCCUGCUGGUCAUGGCAGUGACCCACCGGGAUAUAGCACAGCUGCUGGAAAAGCACAAGGUCAGUGACCUCACGGACUUCCACUGGGUCCGCCAACUCAAAUAUCACUUGGGUUCACCUCACAUAAUCCCUAAAAGCCCCCUACAGAGUCUUAAGACCACUGCAUCUUCUGAACCCUCUCAGUCACCAGCAGCAUGCUGGAUAGACGUGCUAGGUAGAUCCUUCCUGUACAAUUAUGAGUACCUGGGACCUAGACUAGGGCCUCUACCGAGCCUGCUGCCUGAACGGCCAGCCCUGGUACUACUAUUGGCCUUAGAGGAGGUGGCCUGUGGGACCCUACUGGGUCCUAAAGGUGUGGGCAAGAGAGCUAUAGUGAAUAGCCUGGCACAGGCCCUGGGCCGUCAGCUGGUCAUACUGCCCUGCUCACCUCAGAUAGAGACCCAAUGCCUGAGCAACUAUCUGAAUGGUGCCCUGCAGGGUGGUGCCUGGCUGCUGUUGGAGGCAGUUCAUCAGCUGCCCCCUGGCUUGCUCUCUGCCCUGGGUCAGCGCCUGGCUGAACUGCACCACUUGUAUGCCCCACUGUACCAGGAGGCUUCCCGAAACACAAGCACCAUAGACCCCACCCAGCCCCAGCUCCUUGGCAGUGGCUUCUUUGAAAAACAUCACGUGUCUAUGCGCCUUGGCUAUGGCUGUCUCCUGGAACUGCGUGCCCUGAGCUCUGCUGUGCCUGCCAACCUGCACCUGCUGCUGCGGCCUGUGGCACUGGCAUUGCCUGAUCUGCGGCAAGUGGCAGAGCUGACCCUGCUGGGUGCAGGGAUGCGGGAUGCUUUCCGGAUGGCUACCCGCCUGUCCAAAUUCUUCUCCCUAGAGCGUGAGCUGGUGUCUGGGCCCCUGCCCUGCCGCCUGCCACUGCUCAAGCAGAUACUGAAAGACACAAUACAGACACUAAAUGUGACCAAGGAGGAACCAGAGUCCCAGCAGCCUCGCAGCCUAGCUGCCACUGAAGAGGCUGCCCUACUGCAUGCCCUACUGCGCUCACCGCUGUUUAGCAUUCUCAAUGGGCCCUACCUGCACAACCUCCGAGAGCUGCUAUGUGUGCUUUUCCCUAGCGCCAGCCAAGUGCAGGCAGAACCUAUGACUCACAGGCUGAUGAAGCCACUGGUGGUGGAGGAACUGCAGCAGGUAGGUCUGCAUCCCAGCCCUGACGUUUUGGGGUCUCUGGAACAGUUGAGCCAGGCCCUGAGCCAGGCCUCAGGCAUUCUGCUCCUGGGCCCUGCAGGCAGUGGCAAGACCACUUGUUGGCACAGCUUAUUUAAGAUCCAGAAUCGGCUGGCAGCCAUGGAGGACACCUCCACCCAAGGCUGCCAGCCUGUGGAAAUUACUCACCUGUACCCCAGUGGCCUCAACCCCCAGGAGUUUCUGGGAUGGCUAGAGGGCCCCUGCUGGCAUCAUGGCAUCUUCCCCAAGGUACUUUGUGCAGCUAGUCAGUGUAAAAACAUGGGCCAAAAGAGGCAGACAGAGAAAUCAAUGGCGAUCCAGCACUGGAUAAUAUGUGAUGGGGCCUCCAGUGCUGCUUGGCUGGACUCCAUCACUUGCCUCCUGAGUGAGCUUCCCCAGCUUAGUCUCCCCAAUGGACAGCAGAUAGAACGACCCCCAAGCACCUUUCUCUUGAUGGAGGUGACAGAUGCAACAGGCAUGUCCCCCACAGUGGUAGGCUGUUGUGCCCUAGUCUGGUGUGGUGGAGAGCAGACUUGGCAGUGUAUACUUAGUGCCCUGAUGGCAUCCCUUCCCUCUGAGUACCGCCUGCAGCACCAGACAGUCACCGAGCUCAACCACCUGGCUGAAGUUCUGGUGCCUGCAACAUUCCGAUUCCUCACCGGCCAAGGUGUCAGCUCUCUGCUGCAGGUACACGGGCAGCAGGCUGUUUGUCCUGGUGUGGCAGAAGUUACCAGCAUGGCACGCAUCUUGCAUAGUCUGCUUGACCCCCACUUGCAUCUAGAGGAGAAGGCCCCUGGCCCAGAGGACCUCAGCUGCAGUGAUCCUGUGGCCCAAAGCUUCAGGUCUUCAAAAAGAAUCUUUCUAAACCAGUCCCAAGUUGACAGUGAUGAUGUACCAAAUAAGAGCAGGGAACACUUGCUGGCUGUCAGCAGUUUUCUUUUUGCCUUGAUCUGGGGCUUUGGAGCCCACCUUCCCUCCAGACUGAACGACUCUUGUAUGUGGUGGACCUGCUUCUGUCAGCGGGACAGCCAGUGCUGCUGGCUGGAGAGGCAGCAACAGGGAAGUCAGCCUUUGUGGAAGUGCUAGUGGAGCCACAUCACCCUUACAUAUACAGCCCCAUCCACCCUGCCUUCAGUUCCACCCACCUCCGUCUCCUGCUGAGCAGAGGAAUCCAGGGCCAAAACCAAGCCAGCCCACAGCCUGGGCAACACCGGGAUUCUAAAGCCUCCCUUCUCUUCUUGCUGGAGGAUCUGCAUCUGGCCACUUCUGGUAAGGAGCUGGGAGGAGGGAAGGAGGGAGCUACUAUCAUCUCUUGAAACUAUAAAAUCCGUAGCAAUAUUCAUUGACUCUCAAAUAUAUGUCUGUAGAUCAAACUUUAGUGUUCUGUUCUUAAUAUCGUCUCACUCUGCAUAUGCUCCCCGAAUAAUCCCAUCCACCCUCAUGGCCUCAUCUCCGCUUUGACUGCUAAAUCUCUGUCUCCAACCUUGCUUCUCUUCUAAGCACCAGAUCUGUCUAUCCAGCUGUCUACGUCUCCACCUUGUUGUCCUGUUGGUACCUCAGACCCAACCCUGGGCUCAUCAUCUCCCCCUGGCCAAAAUCUGCUCCUGUGUGUCCUCUUAGUUUCACCAUCCAACCAGUCAUGUAAACCAGAAAUCUUGUUGACAUCUCUUUCUCCUUCACCAAUAUCCAGCCAUUGUGUCUUUCAAUCCUACUUCCUACAUAUUUCUUGAAUAUUUCCACUUACUUCCAUGGUUCAGAUGCACAUCACUUGGAACCUGACAAAUGCUCUUACAAAGCUUUCUGUGAUGAGGCUUUCUUCUGUGAUCUUUUACAUUCUGUCUAAUUGGACUCAACGAGUCAGGCUUCAUCUAGACCCGGUGUUGCUGUCCUCUUCGCCCUCUCUAUGUGGCUAAAUCCUACUUAUUCUUUCUAAAUUACCUAAAUCAGUAGCGUCUCCAGGAACCCUUAGCCCUAGGCUAGGUUAGAUAUCCAUCCUGUGCUCUGUACAUGACUUCUGAUAACCAUGAUUUUAUGAUUGUGUGCUUGUCUGUCCCUUUUGCCACUUGGAGAUUUAUGAGAACAGAGAACAGAAAUUUGUCUCAUUCAUUUUGAUAGACCCAACAGGAAGUAAGUGCUCUCAAUAAGUUUGUAGAAGACAGCCGGGCACGGAGGCUCACGCCUGUAAUCCCAGUACUUUGGGAGGCUGAGGCACGUGGAUCACCUGAGGUCAGGAGUUCAAGACCAGCCUGGCCAACAUAGUGAAACCCCCCCUCUACUAAAAAUACAAAAAUUAGCUGGGCAUGAUGGUGCAUGCCCCAUCUAUUAUUCAGGAGGCUGAGGCAGCAGAAUGGCUUGAACCUGGGAUGUGGAGGUUGUAGUGAGUGAAGAUCACACAACCUUACUCCAGCUUGAGCAACAGAGUGAGACUUCAAAAAAAAAAAAAAAAAAGUUUGUAGAAGACCAGAUAGAAAAAAUUGUGAUGCAAGUUUGGAGACUGAAGUGUAAAGUUUCUAAAGUGGUAUGUCUUCCAUAUUUAGAAGAUGGUAGCUUCUAAAUAUGGUCAUGGGAUUGGGUUGAAGUGAAUUAUACGUAGAGGUUGUUGGAAGUCAAGGAAGUCAAUGCGCUAAAGCAUUGGGUAGGUUAUCCAGUUACACAGCAAAGUCCCUUAUGAGAUGUAGAAAACUCAAACCAGAUGUAUUAGUUCUUAGUAAUAGCCAGAACAAUUUAUUGAAUGUCUACUAUGUGCUACAUGCUUUAUGUAUGUCAUCUUCAGUGCUCAUAAAAGCCAAGUAAGAUGAAGAAUUUUUACAAUUAUUUUAAAGAUGAAGAAACAGAGACAGAGAUUUUAUAACUUGCCCAAGAUACAACCAAGAUUAAAAUUCAAGUCUAUUUGCUCUAAAAUCUGUAGUUCCUUCCAGCUAUAUUAUUUGUCCUUUUCAGUCAAUUUGCACAAAAUUAGAGACAACAGAAAGAGUAAAGGGUGGUACAGUUCAAUCUGUGAGGAGAUUUCAGCUGAGAAGAGAUUUCAGCAGGGAGACUGAGAACGUCGUAAGUGACAUUGUAGAGUGAAGAAUGUUACUGCUGGCAGAAUGUAAAAGGUGUCCUUGAGUGACAACCACCAAAACAUCCAGUUUAAAAUAAAAAAUGAAUAGACAUGCCACAAAAUAAAUCAGUAAAUAAUGCGCUGUUAAGAAGAAGCAAGCAAUAGAAUAGGAACUGAUCCUGAGAUGGUCUAAAGCAGCAGUCCCCAACCUUUUUGGCACCAGGGACUGGUUUUGUGGAAGGCAAUUUUCACGGAUGGGGGAUGGUUUUGGAAUGAAACUGUUCCAACUCAGAUCAUCAGGCAUUAGACUCUCAUAAGGAGCAUGGAAUGUAGAUUCCUUCCAUGCACAGUUCACAGUAGGGUUUGUGCUCCUGUAAGAAUCUAAUGCCACCACUAAUCUGACAGGAGGCAGAGCUCAGGCAGCAAUGCUAACUUGCCUGCCACUCACCUCUUGCUUUGUGGCCCAGUUCCUCACAGGCCACAGACUGAUACUGGUCCAUGGCCUGGGGGUUGGCAACCCCUGGUCUAGAGGUUUAGUUAAUACUUUAGAGCAGCUCUUAUAAAAGUAUUCAAUUGCUAAAGAAAAAUAUGAUCUUAAUGCAUGAACAGAUAGGGAAUCUCAGCAGAGAAAUGAAACCUACUGAAAGAACAAAAUGGAUAUUUUAGAACUAGAAUAUGUAAUAAUCCGAAAUGCAAAAUUUCUUGGAUGGGUGUCUUAGUUCAUUUUCUGUUGCUUAUAACAGAGUACUUGAAACCGGGUAAUUUAUUUUUUAAAAAAUUUAUUUUCUACAGUUGUGGAGACUGAGAAGUCCAUGGUCAAGGGGCCACUACUAAUGAGGGCCUUCUUGCUGGUGGCAAGUCUCUGCAGAAUCCCAAUAUGGUACAGGGCAUCACAUGGCAAGAGGGCUGACUAUGCUAGCUUAGGUCUUCCUUUCUCUUCUUAUAAGCCACCAGUCUUACUCUUAUGACAACAUAUUAAUCCAUUAACUCAUUAAUCCAUGAAUAGAUUAGUCUGUUUAUCAGGGCAGAGUCCCCAUGACCCAGUCACCUCUUUAAGGCUCCAUCUUUCAAUACUGCCACAUGGGGGAUUUAAUUUCAACAUGAGUUUUGGAAGGGGCACAUACUCAAAUCAAAGCAGUGGGUUUAACAGCUGAUUGGAGAUGAUAAGACGAAAGCAUCAGUGAACCCUGAAGAAUAUAACAAUAUUGAAUAGAAAUACAGCUUCAGUCUAACUCAUGUAGAAUUGGAGUUUCAGAAGAAAAGGAGAGUAAGAAUAGGGUAUAAAAUUGUUACCAACAAUUGUUACCAACAUUUCCCCCAAUUUCUUGAAAAAUACUGACUUUCAUAUAUAAAAAACUCAGUUAUUCCAAAGUAGAAUAAUAAAAAGAAAGCUACUUCUAGGCCCAUCAUACUCAAACUGCUGAAAACCAAACAAAGAAAAACUAUGAAAGUGGUCAGUGGGGAAAAAAAAAGACAGUAUACACAGAAACAACAUUAAGAAUGAUGAUUAACUUCUCAUUAGAAACAGUAGCAUCCAGAUAAUGGUGGGGAAAAGCUUUAACCUACUAAAAGAAAUAAAAGUCAACCUAGAAUUCUCUAUCUGGCAAAGAUUCUCUUCAUAAAUGAAGGUGAAAUUAAGGUAUUUCAGACACAUGAAAGCCGAGAAAGUUAAUUGCUGGUAGAACAAUACUGCAAGAAAUGCUAAAAGAUCUUCUUUGGGCAGAAGGGAAAUAAUGGCAGUUGGAAACUCAGAUCUUUAAAAAGAAUGAAGAGCAUCAGAAAUGGUAAAUAUGUGAAUGCAUAUAAAUGAUUAUCUUCCCUGAUUUUCUUAAAAGCCAUCUGAUAGUUAUAAAAAUAACAUUGUUAAUGGGGUUGGUAAUGAGUAGAAGUAAAGAGUCAAUAGCUACAACAGUAAAAGGAUGGGAUGAAGAGAAGCAAGUAAAUUGAAUUAUACUAUUGCAAGGUUCUUACCUUUGUGAAAUAGGAAGUAUGAAAUGUGAAGUAGGAAGGAUGAAAUAGGAAGUGGGGAAGGUGUCAGUAUGAAGUGUACAGUGGUACAAUAUUACUUUUAAUAUUGGUUAAGGAGGCAUAUUAUUAGCCCUAUAAAAAUCACUAAAUAAUAAUAACAAAGAGCAUAGCUGAAGGACACGUUGGCUUAUGCCCAUCAUCCCAGCACUUUGGGAGUUCAAGGUAAGCUAAUUUCUUCAACUCAGAAGUUCGAGUUCAGCCUGGGCAACAUGGCAAAACCUCUUUUCUACAAAAAGUGCAAAAAUUAUAGCUGGGUGUGGUGGCAUGCACCUGUAGUCCCAGCUACUUUGGGGGCUGAGGUGGGAGGAUCACUUGAGCCUGUCAGGUAGAGGCUGCAGUGAACUGUGUUUGAACCACUGCACUUUAGACUGGGCUACAGAGUGAGAUCCUGUCUCAAAGAAGAAAAAAAUAUAUAGCUAAAGAGCAAUAAAUACAAUGAAGUACUUAAAAUAUUUAAAUUGUGCAAAAGGAAGCAAGAAAGGAGCGACACAGAAAUAAAAAGAAGAGCCAUAAUGGAUGAAUGGAUGCAGGAAAAAAAGAGCCAAAUAGAAAACAAAUAACAAAAAAUAACCAUAUGAUGGACUUUAAACCAACCAUAUCAAUAAUUACAUUAAAUGUAAAUGGACUAAGCAGUCCAAAUAAAAGGCCAAUAUUAUCAGACUAGAGUAGAUCUAGCUAUAUGCUGUCUGAAAGAUGCACUUUAAAUAUAAAAACACAGACUAAAAGAAGUUUUUUAAGGCAAAAUAUUUGCUAUAGAAAUAGUUUGUAUAAGGACGUUGGUGCGGCAAUAUUAAUACCAAAGCACUUUAAGACAAAGGGUAUUACUAGAGAUAGAAAAAUGACAUCUCUUAAUUAAAAGAUUCAACUCAUCAGAAAGACAAGUCUUAAAUGGGUACACACCUAAAACAGACAUUUAAGUAUAUGAAAAAAAAACCAAUGGAAACAAAGGAGAAAUAGUAAAUCUGAAGUCAUAGUAAGAAAUUAAUAUGCUUCUCACAAUAACUGGUAAGACAAGAAGCAAGAAAGUAUGGACAAUAAAGAUCUGAUAACACUAGCAGCAUACUGACAUUUACAGAACAUCACACUGACCAACUGCAAAAUGCACCUUUUCAAAUGCACAUGGGACAUUCACCAAGAUAGACUAUAUGCUGGGUUAUAAAAUAAGGCUCAAUGAAUUUCAAAGGAUUAACAUUUUAAAGAAUAUUUUAUCUGACCAUAACAAUACAAAUAUUAAUAAGAUACCUAGAGAAUUUCCAAAUUCUUUAAAAUUAAACAACACACUUUUAAAUAAAUUAUGUACCAAAAAAUAAAUUAUAAGAUAAAUUAGAAAAUGUUUUGAACUAAAUAAUAGUGAAAACAAAACAUAUCAAAGUUUGUGAGAUGCAGCUACAGGUUAUAGCUUUAAAUAUCUAUCUUAGAGGCCAGGCGCUGUGGCUCACAUCUGUAAUCCCAGCACUUUGAGAGGCUAAGGUGGGCGGAUUACAAGGUCAGGAGUUUGAGACCAGCCUGGCAAACAUAGUGAAACCCUGUCUCUACAAAAAAUACAAAAUUUAGCUGGACGUGGUGGCGAGUGCCUGUAGUCCCAGCUAUUUGGAAGCCUGAGGCAAGAGAAUUGCUUGAACCCAGGAGGCAGAAUUACAUUGAUAGACUUGUGUAUGUUGAACCAGCCUUGCAUCCCUGGGAUGAAUCCUAGUUGAUCAUGAUCAAUGAGUUUUUUGAUUUGCUGUUGCAAUCGGCUUGCCAAUAUUUUAUUGAAGAUUUUUGCAUCUAUGUUCAUCAUGGAUAUUGGCCUGAAGUUUUCUUUUCUUGUUGGGUCUCUGCCAGGUUUUGGUAUCAGGAUGAUAUUGGUCUUAUAAAAUGAUUUUGGAAGGAUUCCCUCUUUUUGGAUUAUUUGGAAUAGUUUCAGAAGGAAUGGUACCAGCUCCUCUUUCUGUGUCUGGUAGAAUUCGACUGUGAACCCGUCUGGACCUGGGCUUUUUUUUGUGUGGUAGGCUCUUAAUUGCUGCCUCGACUUCUGACCUUGUUAUUGGUCUAUUCAUAGUUUCAGCUUCCUCCUGGUUUAGGCUUGGGAGGACACAGGAGUCCAGGAAUUUAUCCAUUUCUUCCAGGUUUACUAGUUUAUGUGCAUAGAGUUGUUUGUAAUAUUCUCUGAUGAUGGUUUGAAUUUCUGUGGAAUCUGUGGUGAUUUCCCCUUUAUCAUUUUUUAUUGCAUCUAUUUGGUUGUUCUCUCUUUUAUUUUUAAUCAAUCUGGCUAGUGGUCUGUCUAUUUUGUUGAUCUUUUCAAAAAAACCAGCUCUUGGAUUUAUUGAUUGUUUGAAGGGUUUUUCGUGUCUCAAUCUCCUUCAGUUCAGCUCUGAUCUUAGUUAUUUCUUGUCUUCUGCUGGGUUUUGAGUUUUUUGAUCUUGCUCCUCUAGCUCUUUCAAUUUUGAUGAUAGGGUGUCAAAUUUGGAUCUCUCCAUUCUCCUCAUAUGGGCACUUAUUGCUAUAUACUUUCCUCUAGAGACUGCUUUGAAUGUGUCCCAGAGAUUCUGGCAUGUUUUGUCUUCGUUCUCAUUGGUUUCGAAGAACUUCUUUAUUUCUGCCUUCAUUUCGUUGUUUAUCCAGUCAACAUUCAAGAGCCAGUUGUUCAGUUUCCAUGAAGCUGUGCGGUUCUGGGUUGGUUUCUGAAUUCUGAGUUCUAACUUCAUUGCACUAUGGUUUGAGAGGCUGUUUGUUAUGAUUUCAGUUGUUUUGCAUUUGCUGAGCAGUGCUUUACUUCCAAUUAUGUGGUCAAUUUUAGAGUAGGUGUGAUGUGGUGCUGAGAAGAAUGUAUAUUCUGUGGAUUUGGGGUGGAGAGUUCUGUAAAUAUCUAUCAGGUUUGCUUGCUCCAGGUCUGAGUUCAAGCCCUGGAUAUCCUUGUUGAUUUUCUGUCUGGUUGAUCUGUCUAAUAUUGACAGUGGAGUGUUAAAGUCUCCCACUAUUAUUGUGUGCAUGUCUAAGUCUUUUUGUAGGUCAUUAAGAACUUGCCUUAUAUAUCUGGGUGCUCCUGUUAUGUUAUGGGUGGUCCAUAUAUGUUUAGGAUCGUUAGCUCUUCUUGUGGUAUCGAUCUUUUUACCAUUAUGUAAUGUCCUUCUUUGUCUCUUUUGAUCUUUGUUGCUUUAAAGUCUAUUUUAUCAGAGAUGAGAAUUGCAACUCCUGCUUUUUUUUGCUCUCCAUUUGCUUGGUAAAUCUUCCUCUAUCCCUUCAUUUUGAGCCUUUGUGUAUCCUUGCAUGUGAGAUGGGUUUCCUGGAUACAGCACACUGAUGGGUUUUGGAUUUUUAUCCAAUUUGCCAGUCUGUGUCUUUUGAUUGGUGCAUUUAGUCCAUUUACAUUAGGGUUAAUAUUGUUAUGUGUUAAUUUGAUACUGCCAUUUUGAUGCUAGCUGGAUGUUUUGCCCAUUAGUUGUUGUAGAUUCUUCAUUGUGUUGAUGCUCUUUAGCAUUCAGUGUGAUUUUGGAAUGGCUGGUACUGGUUGUUCCUUUCCAUUUGUAGUGCCUCUUUCAGGAGCUCUUGUAAAGCAGGCCUGGUGGUGACAAAAUCUCUGAGUACUUGCUUGUUCGCAAAGGAUUUUAUUCUUCCUUCACUUAUGAAGCUCAGUUUGGCUGGAUAUGAAAUUCUGGGUUGAAAGUUCUUUUCUUUAAGAAUGUUGAAUAUUGGCCCCCACUCUCUUCUGGCUUGUAGUGUUUCUGCCGAGAGAUCUGCUGAGUCUGAUGGGCUUCCCUUUGUGGGUGACCCGACGUUUCUCUCUGGCUGCCCUUAGUAUUUUCUCCUUUAUUUCAACCUUGUUGAAUCUGACGAUUAUGUGCCUUGGGGUUGCUCUUCUUGUGGAAUAUCUUUGUGGUGUUCUCUGUAUUUCCUGCAUUUGAGUGUUGGCCUGUCUUGCUAGGUGGGGGAAAUUUUCCUGGAUGAUGUCCUGAAGAGUAUUUUCCAGCUUGGAUUCAUUCUCUUCCUCACAUUCUGGUACACCUAUCAAUCAUAGGUUAGGUCUCUUCACAUAGUCUCACAUUUUUUGGAGGCUUUGUUCAUUCCUUUUUGCUCUUUUUUCUCUGAUCUUGGUUUCUCAUUUUAUUUCAUUGAGUUGAUCUUCGACUUCAGAUAUUCUUUCUUCUGCUUGGUCAAUUCGGCUAUUGAAACUUGUGCAUGCUUCGUGAAGUUCUCGUAUUGUGUUUUUCAGCUCCUUUAAUUCAUUCAUAUUUCUUUCUAAGUUAUCCAUUCUUCUUAUCAUUUUCUCGUAUCUUUUUUUAUAUCUUUUUUUCAAGGUUCUUAGUUUCUUUGCAUUGAUUUAAAACAUGUUCUUUUAGCUCACAAAAGUUUCUCAUUAUCCACCUUCUGAAGUCUAAUUCCGUCAUUUCAUCACAGUCAUUCUCCGUCCAGCUUUGUUCCCUUGCUGGUGAGGAGUUUUGGUCCUUUCUAGGAGGCGAGAUGUUCUGGUUUCGGGUGUUUUCCUCCUAUUUGCGCUGGUUUCUUCCCAUCUUUGUGGAUUUAUCCGCCUGUCGUCUGUGUAGUUGCUGACUUUUCAAUUGGGUCUCUUAAUGGACACCCAGAUUGUUGAUGAUAAAGUAUUUCUGUUACUUGGUUUUCCUUCUACCAGUCUAGCCCCUUUGCUGUACGACUGCUGAGGUCCACUCCAGGCCCUGCUUGUCUGGGGUCCACCUAUAGCAGCUGCGGAACAGUGAGGGAUGCUACCAGUUUCUUUUUCUGCUCUCUUUGUCCCAGAAUGAUGCCUGCCAAAUGUCAGUCUUUUGGAUAUAGAGGGGUCAGGGAGCUGUGGUCUCUGCCCUGCUGCCAUGGGCUACUCCCUGCGGUGGAGUCUCUCUGUUGUAGCGGGUUGCCUCGGUAACAGCAGGCUGGGUCAGCAAUGGGCGUUUACCUCAGUAGGGGUGUGUUGCCUUGGUAAUGCCGGAUGCCCCUCCCCCACGGAGCUGCACUCUCAGGGAACCCCUCCACCGGGAGCAUUUGGAAUCGCCGUUUUGUUUGUCGCACUGUGCUACCCCAAACGCUGUGUCCCUGGAAUCUCCUGGGCUGGCUCACUGUCCAAGUCCCGUUCAGUCUCAAGUUCAGCCCUCUCCAGUCUCAGGUUGCCGGUUCAACAGGGCACCUGGACCAGUGCGCUUUGUGCGGAGCUGCCGCACCGGCUGCCGGCUACACCGGCCAAAACCUCUGCCUGGCGUCCUGCGUCUCUUUUAUACCUGGGAAUUUCCCCAUUCUGUGGGCAACAAAGAUCCGUCUGGAAAUGCGGCCCUGACUCACCCUCUCCAUGCAUGCACUGAGAGCUUCAAUCCUGGGUUGUUCUCACAGCGCCAUCUUGAGUUCUCCCUUUAAGAAUAACAUCUUAUGACCAAAUGGAGUCUAUCAUGGUAAUGCAAAGCUGACUAAACAUUCAAAAAUCAAUCAGUGUAGCUCACAUUAACAGAAUAAAGGAGAAAAGGAGUAAUUUUGGUAGAUAAAAAUCACUUGAUAAAUUUCCAACACUAUUCCAUGAUAGGAAUAGAAGAUAACUUUCUCAAUUUGAUCAGAGCAUCUAUUACACUUACAGCUAACUACAUAUUUAUUGGUUAAAUAUUGAAUGUUGUCCCCCUAAGAUCAGUUAAAAGGCAAGAACACGCUCACUGAUUUUAUUAAAUAUUGUACUGGAGACCACAUCUGUGCAAUAAGAAAAAUAAAAACUUUUAAAAUUAAAAGACAAGUUAAAGCUAUCUGUAUUGACAUAUAAUAUGAUUGUCUGCAUAGAGACCCCAAAGGAAUAUUUUUUAAACCCUAUAAAACUACUACAAUAAAUAAGUUAAUGUAUCAGGGUCACAGGAUACAGAAUCAAUCCAUUGAAAUCAUUUGUAUUUCUAUAUCCUAGUAACAAACCAUUGGAAAUGGAAAUUUUAAAGUAUUACUUAAAAGUUAUUUAAAAGCAUAAAACACAUGAAUAAAUUUAGUGAAAAACAUUCAAGAUCUGUACACUAAAAAAGACUAAGUAUUGCUGAGACAGAGGUAAUGUAAAUAAAUGGAGAAAUAUAUGAUGUUCAUGGAUCAGAAAAGUCAGUAUCAUUAAGGUCCUCAUUCUCCUCCCCCAAGGGAUUUAUAGAUUCAAUGCAAUGCCACACUAAAUCUUCACAGAUUUUUUUUUUUGGUAAGUUGACAGACUUAUUCUGAAACUUAUAUGGUAAUGCAGAAAAGCUAGAAGAGUCAAGCAACAUUGAAAAAGAACAAAGUUGGGACACCUACACUAGUGAUGUUAAGAUUUACUAUACAGCUGUUGUAAUCAAGAGAGUGUGAUAUUGGCAUAAGGAUAUACAUAUAAGACUAAUAGAACAGAAAAUCUGAUAUAUAGUCAUAUAUGGCAGGUCGAUUUUUAGUAAAGGUGCCAAGAUGAAUGGGGGAAAGAUUAGUCUUUUCAAGGAAUGGUGCUGGAACAUCUGGAUAUGUGCAUGAAAAAAACAAACUCUGUAUUCUAACCUCAAAAUAUAGAUAAAAAUAUAAGUGGAUCACAGAACUAAAUGUAAAAGCUAAAACUAUAAAAUUUUCAGAAAAAAAUUGGAGAAAAAUCUGUGCGACCUUGGUUAGGCAAUGAUUUCUUAGGGCACAAAAACUAAAUUUUAUUAAAAUUGAAAACCUAUGCCUUUCAAAAGACACUGUUACAAAAAUGAAAAAAUCAGCCAUAGACAGAGAAAACACGCAUGAUACAUGCAUCUGACUAAGGACUUGGACCCAAAAUACAUAAAAAGCUCUUACAACUCACUAAGAAAACAAACAUCAUCCCAAUGUUUUAAAUGGACAAAAACUUAAACAGACAACACUUCAGAAAAGAUGUAUGAGUGAGUGGGCAAUAGUAUACAAAAAGAUGCUUGAUAUUACCAGGCAUCAGUGAAGUGCAAAUUUAAACCACCAUAUGAUAAUUAAGACUGACAGUAAAAAGUGUUUUCAAAGAUGUAGAACAACUGAAACUCCUUCACUUUGAUGGUGAGAAUGUAAAAUGGUUUAUCCACUAUAAAAAAUAUAUGCCAGUUCCUUACUAAAUUGAAUAUGACUUAACAUAUGAGCCAGCAAUUCUAGUCUUAGGUAUUCACGCAAGUAAAAUGAGAACCACAUAUCCUCAAACUUACCAUACAUGAACGUUCACAGAAGCAUUAGUCUGAGCAAUGCUAAAUCCACAUCUACACCCAAAUGGCUCCAGGUGGUGGCAAGAGGUAAGAAUUUAGAGGCAUCUCUCCCACCUGCUUUCCUUUAAAAACAGGCCAUUCAGGCAUUUGCCUGAAAACUUAAAAUGACCCACACCUUAUUCCCUUAUAUACACUGCCAGUCCCGCCCUCCAUUCCUCCUUUCUUCCGUCAUUCCCUCUCUUUCUGUUUCUUUCUCUUUCUCUCUCAGUCUGACUCUUCAUUCUACCUCAUGUGACAUGAGGAUGGAGGACUGACCUCCUGGCUCAUUAUGCCCUCCUUGCACGAGAUUAAGUGAAAAAUCUUUGAACUUGUUUCCUAUUGUUGUGGUGUAUUGAAUUUGUCCUUCUAUCUAAAGAACCAGGUCAAGUUUCCUGUGUGAGGGGCUCUCUGGUCAUAGGUUAGACAACUAGGCAUUAGGCUGUCCUCCAGAUAAAAGAAGAAUCCUGUGAAAGUCAAACUGUAAAGCCCCACACUCCGCUCCCCUUCAUUUCCCUGAUAGGGCAGGUUUGUUAGCUGCUCUGGCACUAGAAUGCCAAUUUAACUGGGGGCUCUCAGAAAAAUACUACUCAGGAAUAAAAUGGAACAAACUAUGGAAACAUGCAAAAACAUGGAUGAAUCUCAAAAACCUGCUGAGUAAAAAAAGAUAGAUAUGAUCCAGUACAUACUGUAUAAUUAUAUUUAAUGAGGUUUUAGAACAGGCAAAGCUAACCUAUAGUGAUAGAAAUCAGAUCAAAUAACAAUGCCUGUGGUGGUGGUGGCAGGGAGAUUGAUUGGCCUUACAGGAGCAUGAGGGAACUUUCUAGGGUGAUGAAAAUGUUCUAAAUAUCAUUGGGGUAGUGAUGACACAGGUGUAUACAUUAGUCAAAACUCACUGAACUAUACAUUUAAAAUGCAUACAUUUUGUUUUAUGUAAAUCAUGUCUUAAUAAAGUUUAUUUUUUAAUUUUA